AUGGCAAUACCGUUAUGCCAGUCUUUGGAAGAGACACGUCUCUCGAAAGACCAUCUAGCUCCUAGUCCUUUCCAGCUCACUGUUUCCGCGGAAGAUGACAAUGGACAUAUAUCCGCUGCUGAGCCCUUGCCAGUUCUGACCCCUCAAAGUUCAUCGUCGUCCGACGAGUUCCACUCACUACAAUCGUCAGGAGAGGCUAGCGCAAGAGCUUCUACGCCUCCGUGUGACGAAACGGGGAUUGUUCAAAAUGCCGGCAUCGCUGUUGACCAUUCGAUCAUCGCAGGCAUUCUGUCCGCAUCUGAGACCACCCCAGAAAGACUUCAGAGAAAGAGCGUAACAGGGAGGCGAUGUGUCAGUGCUGUGGCAGCACUGAAUACUCCAAGUAGCCCCAAGUCUCCCGAUCGUUUUAUACCAGCUCGAGCACCCUUCGAUCCUCCUGCAACGCCCUUUCGUUUGAGCAAGGCUCCGCGACAUAUGUCUCCGGAGGAACGAUUUCAUCGGCGACGAGACCAUAGUGCAGAUCCCUUCAUGCCCUCCCGGCCACGAAGAGCGGCCAGCGUUCCCAGACGAAGACCACAGGACCGCAGGUACUCUACACGUUAUAUGCCACAUCUUGUCAAUGAUGCAGCAGCUCUUCGAGGUAAUGGGGCAUUAGGAUUGAACGAUGCUCUACGGCAAAUCAGCGCUGGCGCAGUCUGGAAUGUCGGGGGAUCGUCUGCUGCCACCGGCAACCCCCCAGUUGGAAUCAACGAUGCUAUGGGAGGCCUUCUAGGGAGCGGGACCACUGCCCCUAUGUAUAUAGCCAAGUUCCUCGAGAAGACAACGCCGGCGGAAGAGCGCGAAAAACACGAGGCAAGGCUGGCACUAGCUUUAGACAUCGAUCAAGCUACCCGAAUGCUUGAUAUCUGUCGAAUUUCGCCACAUUUCGAGUCCAGACCGAGUCCUUCGUCCUCGAACUAUGAACGUUAUUCUCCUAUUACGUGGAAGGAUAACGCUUGGAAGAGAGCAGAAGGAGUCAAGCGUUCUGGGUCCACUUCGAAAGGUUCUCGUCAGCGAGCAGUGCCAACCUUGCCUUUCCGAGUUCUCGACGCUCCUCUAUUACGAGAUGACUUUUACUGCUCGACUCUCGCUUACUCUUACACUGCGGGGAUACUUGCUGUCGGCCUAAGCAGCCAGGUCUAUCUGUGGUCGGAGGUUAUUGGUGUCCAGUAUCCUCCUUUUUCUAGUCAACCUUCAGCAAACCAUGUGACUUCCCUCUCCUUCUCUUCCGCACGAGGGGGGCGGAGUAUUCUGGCGGUAGGCAGACAAGGUGGGCUGGUCUCUCUAUGGAGUACUUUCGAUUCUGAGGUACGAUUCGAAAUCAGCCAGCCAAACGCCGUUUCGUGUGUGGCAUUCAAGCCAACACCAUCGAUCCGACUGUCAGAAAGGUUUUCAAAUACUGAGGUCGAGGUCGAAGACCUUGUCGUUGGUGAUGACCUUGGCAACGUAUGGUAUUAUUCUGUAGAAUGGCCUGACAAUGUCUCGAGAGAUGCUCACCACUGGAAUGGCUCCAUGACGUUGAUCGCCAAAAUCUCCGCACACACGCAGCAGAUAUGCGGUUUAGCUUGGUCGCCAGACGGAAGGUUUCUAGCAACCGGAGGUAAUGACAACGCCUGCCUGCUCUUUGAGCUCCGUGAUAUCCUCUUGUCCAGCAGAAACGAGGUUUCAGCGCGGUCUUCGACUAGCUCGCGGCUUUCCAAUGAUCAACCGCAGAGCGCUCUAUCUCGUUUCGCAGCACAUGCCCAUCUCAAUCGACUUUUCGAUCGACAUUGCCGUCUGAGCCAAUUCCUUCCAUCUUGGGCCCCAACCCAAGGUCCAAGUCUGUCGCCAUCGGUCUUGGUCCGCACAGGCUCACUGAUAUCUGGGCGAGGCCGGACAAUUCUGAUACCCUCUAAUAGACAGAAACAUAGGCUAGCCCAUUCUGCAGCUGUAAAAGCGAUUGCUUUCGCGCCGUGGCAGCCCUCUCUUCUUGCUACCGGUGGCGGUUCAAAUGAUCGUUCGAUCCAUUUCUACCAUACGCCAUCUGGAGCACGUCUGGCGACUAUCAACGUUCACGCUCAAGUGACGAGCUUGAUAUGGAGCAAGACACGCCGCGAAAUAGUUGCUACUUUCGGCUAUGCACAGCCAGAACAUCCAUUUCGGAUAGCCGUUUUCGCUUGGCCGAGCUGUGAACAGGUUGUGGCUAUUCCUUGGAACGUAAAUGGUAGUGGAGAGACCGCGGGUAAUAGCAAUAGUGACUGUGGCAGGGCCCUCUGGGCAAUCAGUUAUCCAGGUGGUCCCAACGAUUCGAUAUUCAGCGUUCUGCGUGAAAGUGUCUCGGAGCAGGAAUCCUCAAGUGCUACGGCAACCCCUGCUCCUUCAGUCACGGGUGCAAUAGGCCGCAGGUCGUCCGCGCACAGUGGUCUUGACACAAGUGAUCUAUCCCCCAUCUCGUCAGGCUCGACAGUCCAAUCUCCCAAGGGAAAGGAAGGCGGGUUGUGGUGGUCUAGGACAGCAGAAGAGGGAUGCAUUAUCGUGGCGUCCAGCGACGAGAGCGUCAAAUUCCACGAGGUAUGGAGUGGUGCAAGGAAGAGCAUUGGAGGGGCCAGUGGGCUUCUUGGAGGCAGUGAGAUCCUCGAAGGCCUGGAGGGGAUAGAAAAGGAAAGUAAUGAGGUUAUCCGGUGAUUUUUCGGAUGUCUUCGGUGCCUAAGCUUGAGAAGCCAAGCCGUGUACUUAUUUCUAUGCCGCUCAGCUGGCUUCCCACUUUGUUGAAGCCAUUAUCAAUAACAACGACUCAAUUAAUCAUUAUUAUUAGAC